GAGAGCGCCUGGGAUGCUUCCUGAUGAAUAGCAGAGGGUCCGGGCCGUGACCGCAGGCUCAGCAUGUGCUGGAGCCUCGCCGCACUUUCCCAGCCCCCCUGCCAGGAUGGGGGGAGGGAGGGAAGGGAAGAGAGGCAGCGAACGGGACAGGGCGAUCCGCAUCCAGCAGCGUAACCAGCAGCCCGGGGCCGCGGCUUCCUGGAAGCGGAGCGGGGAGGUGGGGACAGGCAGCCGCGAUAAGGCGGCGGCUAUCGGGGCGCCAGCUGCGGAGCUGGGCAGCAGACGGCGCACGCCCGGCGGAAGGUGCGGAGCCCGGGUCCCUCCCGCGCUGAAGGCAGGAGGCCACAGACUUCCUGACCAGUCAUCAUGUCAGUGAAAUUGACAUUUGUCUCUCCCAGCGAUGGGGGUGGAAUCAGCAGGAGCUGUUCCUUUGCUGGAUUCAGCACGGUGCAAAGCAGAAAGUUAGCAAAGUCUCUCAGCAGGAAUUCAGUGAGGUCUAAAAUGUCUGUGAAAUCCUCCAAAAUGUAUCCCUCCCUGCAGAGAGGGGCUGUCAUCUGGGAUCCAAAACCACAGCAGGUGAAGAAAAUUUUUGAAGCUUUGAAGAAAGGACUUAAUGAAUACCUGCAAGUUCAUCAGGCUGAGUUGGAUUAUCUGUCUGCUCGACACAAAGAUACAAAAAGGAACUCCAGACUGGCUUUCUAUUAUGAUCUGGAUAAGCAAAUUCGCUCUGUUGAAAGGUAUAUCAGAAAACUGGAAUUUCAUAUAAGCAAGGUAGAAGAACUAUAUGAAACUUACUGCAUCCAGUGCAGGCUGCGAGAUGGGGCCUCUAAUAUGAAACAUGCCUUCUCCUUGACUCCCUCCACCAAAGCCUCCAGAGAGAGCCUGGUAGAACUUUAUAAGAACCUCCAAGAAUGCACAGAGGAUAUGUGUCUGAUUGAAGGGGCACUGGAGGUGCACUUGGGAGAAUUUCACUUGAAAAUGAAAGGGUUGGUGGGCUACGCACGUCUCUGCCCAGGGGACCAGUAUGAGGUGUUUGUGCGACUGGGACGCCAGAAGUGGAAGCUGAAGGGCAAGAUUGAGACGGAUGACAGCCAAACAUGGGAUGAGGAAGAGAAGGUUUUUAUACCCAACCUCCAUGAAAAGUUUGAAAUAAAGGUCACAGAGCUGCGGGGACUGACCACGAUUCUAGUUGGUAUGGUAACGUGUGACAGCAUCGACUUCUUUACAACCAGGCCUCAGGCGAUCAUUGUGGAUAUAACUGAGCUAGGCACCAUCAAGCUACAGCUGGAGGUCGUCUGGAACCCAUUUGACACAGAGAACCUGUUUUUGUCGCCUGGAACUUCUGCCAAGUUUUCUCUGGGUAGUAGGAAAAGCUCCUUAUACAACUGGACUCCGCCAAACACUCCUAGCUUCAGAGAGAAAUAUUAUCUCUCUGUUUUGCAGCAACGAAUGAACCAAGGUGGCAUAAACGAUGAGGCGCGAGCCCCCUGCAUACUGAGCUACUUGGCUGACUGUGACUUCGAUGUACAUCUAAGGAAUGACAACCACAGCUCUGCAGAGACUGACUCAUUCAGCUCCCAGGAUCGGAAAGGAACAGAAACUAGAAAUGUGACUCCAGCUUCAGACCACAGGACCCUGCCAUUGGUUCUUGUACAGGACACCUGUGCAGAAGGAAGACAACACAAGUCUCCAAACCACACAACUCUAGAUAUCCUGAAAGAGACACCCUCCAUGGAUGGAGUUCCAAAUAGCCCAUCCAGCCCACGGGACAUUAGCAAAGAUGGCAGAGAUUCCAUCGGCCAGCACUGGAGUCACCAGUCUGUGGAACAAGAAAAUGUCCUGUCUGUUGAUCGGAAAAGCUGGAACACUGAAGAUGACAGAAAACCAGCCGGAAGCGCCAAAGCAGUUGAGAAACUCCUUCAAGAAGUGUUAAAUUUGCUGAAGUCACAGAAUCCAGGGCAAACCCAAUUGGAGGAAUUGGAGUACCAAGUUUUAUGCAUCAGGGACAAAUUAAAGCUGAAGACAUCUCAUCAGAAACAUUCCUCCAUGGAGAGUCUGAUGGUGGAGAUGGUGCUGGAAAGUUUUGACUUUUUAAACACGGACUGCAGUGCUGAUGAGCUUUCCUUAUUUGGAAGCAUAAGGACAGACAGUACCAGCACUUACAAUGACAACAUACUGGGCUAUGACAGGAAAACAGAAACGAAAGAGUUAACCACAGGAAAUGAUGAUUUAGACAAACUUCUGAUAGUUCAUCUGCAGUUGUGCAAAGCUCUCUUGCAGAAACUGGUUUCGCCAAACAUAGCCCGAAUUGUCCAGGAGAGCCUUUUGGAAGAAGUGUCACGGCAGAAACAAGUGCUGGAAACUGUCUCAGAGCUCUGUGUUCUGGAAGUUGGGAGCUUCACCUCUGUUGAAGAGGUUAUUCAUAAGGUGAAAAAGCAGAAGCAGUGUCUGAAAAUCUGGAGUGAAUUCACAGACCCAGGAAAUAUCUUGUUCUGUUCAGCAGAAAAAUUCCAGAAUCCUCUGAAAUACAUAUUAAUGUUCAAAGUGAAGGAGAAAUAUCCAGGACAUCUAGAAGCAGUGCUGCGAAGGCUGCUAGAGCAGAUCGUCACAUGCAGCGGGUUGCUCCCCUCUGGGAGUCCCCCUGAAGAACUGCUCACCUUAUUCCAGUUUCACAGCUACCUGGAGAAAGAGCGUGUUGCCAAUCUGGAGAAGCACUUGGCAGAACUCAGCAAAGAAGUGACGCUAAUUGAGGAGCUACAGUGUCCAGGGCGACUUAAGAAAAUCAAGAAACUAAAAGGGAAGCGACUGAGCCAGCUCCAGCCUCUACCCCAAACUUUACGGCUGCUCGGGAUUCUGCAGCUCGAUGACAACCGCCACGUCAGCAAAGCAGCAACGGCCUGUCUCUCUCGGGCGGCAGUGAAUAAGAAUUUCAGGGAGAAGGCUCUGCUUUUUUACACGGAUAUUUUAGCUGUGUGUGAUGCAAAAAUACAGCAAGCGGCAUGUCUGGCUCUCAAAAACCUCAGAGCCAUAGAAAGCAUUGAGCAGAUUGCCCGCCUGUGUCAGUCUGAAACAGAGGACGUACGGAACGCUGCCAGGGAAACAACACUGUCAUUUGGUGAAAAAGGACGACUAGCCUUUGAAAAAAUGGACAGAGUUUGCUGCGAGUUGAGAGGCUCUGUAUACCAAGAAGCUGAAAUUGAAAUCACAAUAUUUUAACUAAUGAAAUGCUGAAUCUGACCUACAGCCCAGGUGGCUACAGGAGUUGGUUUCCAUUUACCACUAGGUGGUUAAGUUAGUGCACGUAGGUAUUGAGUAGGUCCAUGUGGGACAGCUCUUCCAUUGGGGGGGGGUUAGGACUAAAAAUCACUCAGCCAUUGGAUCAGAAUGCUUCUGACACGGAGCUAAAAUCAUGAAGUAUCACUAGGUGGUGCUAGAGUAAAUCCAUCAGCCCCUCUCAGGCUGUCCUCACCAGGGAGCACAAUAAACCUUGAAACAACUCAGUCUGCAGUGCCAAAAACAGGAGGCAAAGGGUAAGUCUUGACAGGAGAUUUAGUAAUGGGUUUGUUUUCAUUAAGAAUCCUGACUCAAUUUCACAAACUCAUUCUCUCCCUCUCCUCUCCCCCCCCAAGCCCGAACAAAAAAAACAACUCUUUGCAGUUGGUUUGGGGAUUCAUGCCUGGGAAGGGAGCAAAGGUAAAGUGUAGCCUUAUAACUGGCAUGUGACAGUACUGCCUCUAUCUUACUGCAGAGAGCAUGAGCAGAAAUAAAGCUUAGUGUGAAGAGGUGGAUGUUUCCUUUCUGCUUCACAUGUAGGAACUCUGAACUGAUGUCACUGGGCCUGCUUGUUAUCCUCCCAAAGUGUUCUCCCCUUCGUUUUGAAGUAGUUUGUGCUAAAGAAGGGUCAGCUCCUCAGUUGGUGUGAAAGGAGCAUCUCCCCUUUAGGUUACAGCAGCUGAAGAGCUGGUCCUAAAUGUCGUUUUCCUACAGCCCUUGGAGUUUUGAUUUUAUGAAUACAAGACAGUGUGGAUGUGGAGAGUGUCACUAAUGAGCCAGAAUACUUGUAUACAAUUAGUCAAUGUAUGCUAGAUCUGCAGAAAACUAGUACAAGCUAGCUCCAGUAUCAGCAGGUAUUGAAGUUAUAAACCAGCACUUGUUCUGUCAGAAGUCAUAGCAGCUGCCAUGCACUUUAAAACAUCAUUUCUAAGCUGGUCUGUGCUUUCUUGUAAAUUUGAGUAAGAGCUCAAAAGUUCAUUGGUUUCUGGAAGAACGUAAAAAUGUGCAGUAAACGAAUUGGGAUUUCAGUGCUUCCAGCAAGAGAUGUUUGAAAUUAACUCUAAUCUGAAAACAGUGUAAGCGUAGAUAGACGGAAACUAGUGAGGCAAUGUUUCUUCAGCCUGACUUGUUUACUUUAAGAAUUCAGAACAUGCCUAUCCUUCACAUUUAUGGAGUAAGUGUACAAAACUGAGUUGUAUAUGGACAGAUCCAGGCGGAAGUGUCAAGUUUUUAAUUUAUACACUUACUCAUUUAAUCUUAGCCUAAGGUUAAAAAAAAAAGGUACCUGAAGUCAGGCUCCUUAAUCCAUACUUGGGCACCCAGAAAUGGCCUGAUUUUCAACAGAAACAGAUGAAUGCUCAGCUCUUGAGAAUGAGAUCACCCAAUUUGAGUAUUCAAAUAUGGGUUUAGGAACCUUACGUGAGGCACAAUACUUGAACAGUCUUGGUCUUUAUGUAUAUAUUAUACAGUAUAUUGUGCUUUGUACUUUUCUAUUCAGUAUUUAUUUCUAUGUUGGUUUACAUACAGUUUUCUAAAAUUUUAAAUAAAACAUUAAAUACUUGCCUUUUUGCAAACAGUCUGUGUGCUGAAAACAUUAUGGGGGCAACCAUUAGUUAACACAUUCCUCAGAGAGCAAAACCAGUGAAAUAAACCACAGCUGAAAUAUGGGGGAGGAUUUAUCACACUUCUAAUUCUAUGGUCACUGCUUAUGAAAUUUUUGUUUAGUUACCAGUAGUUACUUUGGAAGCAUUCUCAGCUCAUUUCAAACUUGACAGUCAUUGAAAUCAGAGAGCAAAAAUAUUUCCUAAGGCUAUAUAACACCUGCUCUGGCUCUUUUGGGGGAAAUAAACAGAACAUAGGUCUGGCAUUCAAAGUCAGGCUGAAACUUUGUGCUCUCAAGUAAAACAGGGAUGUUAGUGGGGAGACACGCUGGCUUGAAAAGCAUCCUUGGGUUACUGUUCCACCCCCAACAUAAAACAGGAGAGCUCUCCCUCAGCAGUACACAGGGCUCCACUUAAUUUGCAGACAUUUACAAGCAGAGAGCAUGCACACAGUUGUAAUAUGUGCAUAUAUUAUAACUUUAUCCUUACAAGAGAACAAGGAAUAGCUUAUGUUUAAAAGUGAGAGAGGAUUACAGCACAAGAACGAAGCUGAUCCAAGCUGCAGUCUGAGCUCAGCUUUAUGCAAUUACACUAGUGUGACUUCAUAGUCUUUGACACUGGUGUUUCUCACACGUAGUUUUAAGGAGUUACUGGGAAUGGCAUCUCCAGGCAGCUUUACUUAAAUUAUAUUCAAAUACAGAGCAGAGGAAUGUGUACAACCACCACUCUACCCUUAGAUCAGCAUCUGUUAUUAAUCAAAAGGCCUGAAGCGUGUCUCAUUAAAAAGUCUCAAAGCACCUAGAGUACCUGGAGAUGUCAUAUUUACAUCUGCAGCAAUCCUUGUUGUACAGACUGCUGUAGCGUGUAGUCCCAUCCUGAAGAACAAAUUUAGCAAAUCAAUCCACAGCUGGUAAACUGUUGUAGAAACAAUUACAGUGCUUUAGAGAUCUUUAAUGUUGCAGGUUGCACAUCAUAGAGUUUACUGAUAUGACCCAAACACUACGUAUUUAAACUCAGUUGAACAUCUAUGAGCAAGCCGAUGUGUAGUGAAAAUGCAUUUUAUUUUAUAGCAGACAGCUAGUUAUUGACCUGAAAGCAAGUUUUCUGCACCAGUGGAAAUAUUCUUAACAUUUUCUAUUAGUGUGCGAAAUCACAAAAUAAUCAGUAGGAGGUGAAAUCCUGUUGAUAACCCAAGGGUCUAAAUUUGUUAGUGACUAAAUCAUCUCUACCGCCAUGAUAAAACAGGAAGUGGAAAGACACAUCCAUUCUUUAAAAAUUUUUUAUUGUUGCAACUAAAAUGAGAACUGAAAACUUGUAUGGGAAAUUGAAAAACUGUACAGUUACUGAAAACUGUGAGGUCGUUGCAGCGCCUUACACAAAAGACAAGAUACCUGAAAAUGUAUUAUACCAAAACAUUUAGCUUUUGUUUUUUAUUUUUUUUUUAAUAUUUUUUAAAAAAGUUUAUUCUAUGGCAAUCUGUAAAAAAGAAAGACCUGAUGAGUAAAUAUUUGCUUAAGGCAUAUAGCAGAGCAGCUAAUUUUCUAACAAUUUUAACAUGGAUAUUUGUCCAUUUUUCCAAGAACAGGUUAAUCAAUACACCCACUUUGAAACACUACUGUAUAUACACACACCCAAACUACUACAGACAUAUACAGGACAUCAAAACAAAAUGCUUACAGUUUAGCAUUAUAAGCCUUAUACACACACCUCACGGCUUACAGAGCAUUCCACUGUAUGUUCCCACUACUGUACAAGGCCUCCUUGACUUUAAACAGAUGAAAGCCAAGUAGCGAAGUUAGCUGGGAGAAAGGGGCAUGUUAGCUAGAGUGGCUCUCUCUCUCUCUCUGUAUAGCAAAACGUUUCUAAGUUUUUCUUUGUGGAAAAGGUUGCAACUACAGUACAACUGUGGAUUCUAAGGAGGGAUGCUAUGCUUUCAUCAACCCCAACGUUUACAUUUGUCCAAAGAGAGAGAAAUACAGCAAGUCCCAUUCUGUUUAUGGGCCACUCGUUUAUCUCACCAGUCUGUUUCUAGAGAUCAAUUAGGGCUCAAUGGCACAAAACACUCACUUGAAACCUUGCUUUAUUGGUGACCUUUCCAAAAGCAGAGUUUCCCCAAGUGCAAGUUUCUGAAGGCAGCAUAGCAAGUCAUUCUGAAAUUGUUGAGAUAUUUGUUGCCAAAAUUGACUGGAGGUGAGGUGUGAAUAUGGCUUAAUACACACUUUGGAAUGUUUGUAUUAUACUUACUCAGCUGAAAUGAACUAUGCUAAACAACUGGUGGGUUACACUGAGUAUGCAGAAAUUCAAUAGAAAAUCGUGCCAAAUAUUAGGCAAGUACAUGUUACCUGAUAAACACCAAAUCAAUGUAUCGCUGAAUGAAGACACUUUCAGCAACAUCCUUUGAACCACAGCCACUUAAAUGAUCAGAUCAUGCAAAUAUUAUCUGGGCACAUCAGUAAGCAGAAGUAUAAGUUUUUUCAUCUUUCAAGCACAUGGUAUUUAAUCAGGACACUAAAAGACUUUACAUGCAUUCUAAUACAAAGGGGGUACAAAUGUUGCCCUACAAUAAUAUUCUACCAGAUGAUGGAGAGAAUAAUGGAGACAAAGCAAUCACAUACUGUAUCUUAAAUACACAAAUGAUCCAUUAUAUAUUAUAUCAUUUUCUAUACUCAAUUUUUCAUGUUUCCAAUAAUAUACUAAAUACUGACUGCUUACAAUAUUCCCCCUUUCAAGUACUGGUCUGACCAACAGUCUCACAGGUAAAAUUUUAAUUCCCAGUACUACCUGAGGAUUUAUUUAUUAUUGUACUUUUGAGAAGCCCUUGAUGCAAGCUUAACAGUUAAAAAACCCCAAAACAAAUAAAAACAACCCUUCCACCCCAAGUCAACACCUUAUGGGUUUAAGGAAAGAGCAGGAGCUACUGGCAGCUUUGAAAAAAAUAAAUAUGGAGUGAAAGGACUGUUACACAAUAUACUCCAUAAAGAUGUUUACACUGAGAACGGUGGUUAAGUGCUAUACAACUAGAAUGCAUUUAAAAAGCACUGAUUAGUAACACUUUCAGAUUAGUCAUCAUGGUUUAGUUAUAACCACUACCGCUUUAAGUAGCGAAUUUGCUUCCAAUCUCUGCCCUAUGAGCAAAGAUUUUCUCUAUUAUUGUUUAAAAUGUAUGAAUUUCGUACUCAUGAAAGGAAAAGACUAACAGCAUUGAUGAGAAUUAGGUUUAGUGCAAUGCAAGCUUCCAGUCACAGCUCUGCUAAUGCACUCCUAACACUAUUCAAGUCCUAGGCCUCUCUUGAGUAGGCACAACCAACUGAGCCAAGUUGUAUCACCGUUGUUUUGUCCUAAUUUUUACUCUACACCACCCAGCUUUUCUCACUUUGAGCUAGGAUAGGAACAAUCACAUCUGCAGAGCUGCAAGGCCUCAGGCACUUAUGCCCCUCUACCCCAGUAAUCAUUUAACAUAAUUUCAAACCAAACCAAAGUCAAUAUUGAAAUCUUUACUUUAAAAAAAGAAGAAGAUUACACAAUCGCUUGCAUCAUGAUAAGCCAACUGGUAUGUUCAAAGACCAACAUGUCUUCUGUUGAUCUUUUAAGUUUGUUAAGGAAGCUGCCAUGGCAUUAAUUGCUCUGGAUAUACUGAAAUGCUUUCCAAAUCAUUUCUCACAUCACCCUUGAGUAUGCUCCUCCUCCCUCUGGUUUGUGCACAAAGCACAUCACUCCUUACAAGGCAGAUUUAGAGUGAAACUGCAUUUUUACAUUCCAAAUGAUGAAGUUUAAAAACUGGUCCUUCUAAACGCCAGCUGAAUAGCUGUAAAAUGCUGGUGGACAGAUUUUGGUUGAAUUUCCCUUCCUGCUUCCCUCCUCCCCCACAUCCCAGAAUAUAAAGGUAAAAACAACUUUACAGAGAUUGGUACAAUGUAAGUAGGCAUAGGUGCAAGUAGAGUGCAACAAAAAAAGUCAAUGGGGAAAUACAAUUUUUCCCUCUUAAACAAUGUUUGACAUGUUGGGAUACCCUGAGCAAAUGCAGAAGCCUGUUUUUAUAAAGAUAUGUAAAACAAGAAGCUAGUUAAGAACAGUUAUGCCAUGAUUAAAUGCAUCAAUACCACAGGCACUGCCCACAACUCAGUCUUUAAUAGAU